AUGAUUAUCUCAAAAAAAGAAAUGAAUGAGUAUGAAAAAUCCACCACUUGUUGGAUUUGUGGUGGGCGAUUCAGCAAUGAUGACAUGAAAGUUCGAGAUCAUUGUCAUCUCUCUGGAAAAUUUAGAGGUGCAGCACAUCGAUCAUGUGACCUCAAAUACAGAGUUUCAAAAUUUUUACCCGUUUUCUUUCACAACACGAGUGGUUAUGACGCUCAUCUCUUCAUCAAAUCUCUCGCUGAGACAUGGGGAAAGAUCGAUUGUAUUGCCAGCAAUGAAGAAAAAUACAUUAGUUUCUCAAAGCAAGUAAAGGUCGAUACAAGAGUCAAUGAAAAAGGUGAAGAAAAACAUGUGACAUUUGCAUUGCGCUUUGUUGACAGCUUGAAGUUUAUGGCUUCAAGUCUUGAACAACUAGUUUCCAAUCUGGCAUCAGAUUCAAAGAAUAGAUUCAAAACAAUGCAAAAGUAUUACAAAGGCAAAAAACUUGAUCUUUUGCUGAGGAAAGGAGUUUAUCCUUAUGAAUAUAUGGAUAAACUUGAUAAGCUAGAUGAAAGUGAAUUACCGCUGAGAAGCGCUUUUUUCUCUUCACUUAAUGGAGAAUGUAUUUCUGAAGAAGAUUAUGAACAUGCAAGAAAGGUGUGGAGAGUUUUCGGUUGCAAAGCAUUGAGAGAUUAUCAUAAUCUAUACAACGAAGCAGAUGUGUUGCUUUUGUGUGAUGUCUUUGAAAAUUUUCGUGAUGUUUGUAGAAAAAACUACGGUCUCGACCCAGCUUGGUAUUAUACUGCGCCUGGGUUGGCUUGGGAUGCAUGUUUGAAAAAGACAGGAGUGAGACUCGAACUCCUGUCUGACUCAGACAUGUUGUUGAUGAUUGAAAAGGGAACUCGUGGUGGGAUUUCAAUGAUUUCAAAUCGAUAUGGUCAAGCGAAUAAUAAAUAUAUGGGUGAAAAAUUUGACAAGAAUGAACCAUCCAAAUUCAUAUCAUAUCUUGACGCAAAUAAUCUUUAUGGUUGGGCAAUGGCAAAGAAACUUCCAACACAUGGCUUUGUGUGGAUGGAUGAAUGUGAAUUGAAAAAUUGGCAAAAUUAUUCGUGUUUUUUAGAGGUUGAUUUGUUAUAUCCAGAAGAAUUGCAUGACUUGCACAAUGAGUAUCCAUUGGCUCCUGAGAGAAAAAAGAUUAACAAUGUGGAGAAGUUGAUUCCCAACGUGAAAGACAAAGAAAAAUAUGUUCUUCAUUGUGAAAAUCUCAAGUUGUCUCUUCAGUUGGGGAUGAAACUCACAAAGAUUCAUGGAGGGAUUUAA